CGCAGCUGAACGCUUUCGCUCUUGAACGCCUCCCUCACGGGACGCUUUCAUAAUGGCGCAGUUGCAGUCUUGACUUGGCUCCAAGCGUUAGAGGAUGAAGAUCGCUGUGGUGGGAGCCACUGGGCAGACUGGACAGUAUCUGGUCAACCAGGCCCUGCUGCAAGGCCACGUGGUCACAGCCCUCGUCAGGAACCCGGGGAAGCUCACCGUGACUCAUGAGAAUCUCAAGGUGGUGACUGCUGAUAUUUUCUCGGCAGACAGUAUGAAGACUCAUUUCAAAGACCAGGAUGUUGUCAUGUCCUGCCUCGGCUUCCCAGCCUCCUUCUUCACCGGGGUGACGGGCUACACUCGGUCCAUGACUGCUAUGGUCAGUGCGAUGCAAGAGACCCAGGUGAACAGGAUCAUCACCAUGACCUCCUGGUACACAGAGCCAAACUCUGGAACUCAGUCAUCAUACCUGAUCAGAUUCCUCCUGCUGCCAUUAAUCCGAAGUGUCCUCAGCAACAUGUAUGAGAUGGAGCAGCUUCUGCAGAAGACGGAGGACAUCAACUGGACUGUGGUGCGUCCACCUGGCCUCAAGAACCUUCCGGCCACAGCUCAAGAGUUUCUAACCCAUGAGGGAUACUUUGUGCCUGACAACAAUGGUCAACCUCCAGGCAGCGCAGUAGGAAGAGGAGACGUGGCUCGCUUCAUGCUUUCUCUGCUCAACAGCAACGCCUGGGUCAAGAAGGGAGUCGCAAUCACUACUAAAUAACAAAGAAGAAGCCAGGCUCUGUGCUCCAACAUAUUGGCUGUAUCCAUGCAGGGAGACAUUUUUCGGGGAUAUUAAUCUUGCAAUAUUUACAGUGAAGCAUUCAGCGUCUGGUGCAUUAAAUAAUUAAAGUUGUAGUCCUCAGUU